AGCUCUGCUGGGCUGGGUGCCUCGCUCUGUAACUGAGACUGAAGGCAGACGGAAACAGCCACAGGGCAGGCUGAGGGCAAAAGAAAAUCUGCCGGGAUGUUCAGUCAGGGACCCAGGACCCCAGCUUCAGGUUGCUACUAUCUAAAUGCCAUGACACCUGAGGGCCAGGAGAUGUAUUUGCGAUUUGAUCAGACUGCGAGACGCUCUCCUUACAGGAUGAGCCGGAUUCUAGCACGCCAUCAGCUAGUGACCAAAAUUCAACAAGAAAUUGAGGCGAAGGAAGCAUGUGACUGGCUCCGCGCUGCCGGGUUUCCGCAGUAUGCUCAGUUAUAUGAGGACUCACAAUUUCCCAUCAACAUUGUGGCUGUCAAGAACGAUCAUGAUUUUCUUGAAAAAGACCUUGUAGAACCUCUUUACAGACGACUAAAUACCUUGAACAAGUGUGCCUCAAUGAAACUUGAUGUGAACUUCCAAAGGAAAAAGGGUGACGACUCUGAUGAGGACGAUCUCUGCAUCAGCAACAAAUGGACUUUCCAAAGGACCAGCCGCCGGUGGUCUCGCGUGGACGACCUCCACGCACUGUUUCCCGGCGGAGACAGAAACGGCUCGUCAGGAGACAUUAGGAUGAGAAACACGACCAGCAGUGAGAGCGUCCUCACCGACCUGAGCGAGCCCGAGGUCUGCUCCAUUCACAGCGAAAGCAGCGGCGGGAGCGACGGCCGCAGCCAGCCGGGCAGCUACGGCGCCGGCCGGGAGGCCUCGGACGGCCCCGGGCAGUACUGCGCCCACGGCCCAGCCAUGCUGGACGCCACGCCGGGCGGCAGCAGCCUCCCGCCGUCCCCCAAAGACGGUCUCCAGCACCCUUUGCACCCAAAGAAUGAGAAGGCCACCCGGGCCAGAGCCAAAUCAUUUCUGAAACGCGUGGAAACGCUGCGAGGGAAAGGAGCGCAGGGAAGGCAGAAGGGGUCGGGGCGGACCGGGGGCUUGGUGAUCAGCGGCCCGGUGCUGCAGCAGGAGCCCGAGUCCUUCAAGGCCAUGCAGUGCAUCCAGAUUCCAAAUGGAGAUCUCCAGAACUCACCCGCCGCUGCCUGCAAAACAGGGCUUCCGGGCCCCGGCAAAUGGAGCGGUGAGAGCAGCCCGUCGGAAAACAGCAGCAGCGGGGUGAGCACGCCCGGCCUGAAGGAGCGAAGAUGCCAGGAGGCCCACAAGCGCGGGGGCAUGUACUUAGAAGACCUGGAUGUGCUGGCGGGGACAGCACUGCGGGAUGCAGGGCACCAAAACCACGCACGCGAGUUUCAUUCCCAAGAGAACUUGGUGGUGCACAUUCCCAAGGACCACAAGCCUGGAACGUUCCCCAAGGCGCUCUCUAUCGAGAGCCUCUCGCCAACAGACCACAACAGCGGGGUCAACUGGAGGACUGGCAGCAUCUCCCUGGGCAGACAGCCGGGCCCUGGGGUCGGGGAGCCCAGGCUCAUGGCGUCCUGCCACAGAGCGAGUCGAGUUAGCAUCUAUGAUAACGUCCCCGGCUCCCACCUGUAUGCCAGCACCGGGGACCUUCUGGACUUGGAGAAGGACGAUCUCUUCCCUCACUUAGACGACAUUCUGCAUCAUGUCAACGGGCUCCAAGAGGUAGUGGAUGACUGGUCCAAAAACCUGUUACCUGAACUGCAGACACAUAAUGCACUGUCCGGAGAAGCUGGCUUCUGCCCCUUCCCCCCUCCUAGUCAGAUCACCUUAGAUUUCGAAGGCAAUUCUGUCUCCGAAGGUCGGACAACACCCAGUGAUGUGGAAAGAGACAGAGCGUCUCUUAAUGAAUCAGAGGCCACUGGGGUCAGAGAAAGGAGGGACUCUGGAGUCGGGGCCUCUCUGACCAGGCCAAACAGGCGACUCCGGUGGAACAGCUUCCAGCUCUCACACCAGCCGCAGCCGUCCACGGCGUCGCCCCACAUCAGCGGUCAGACAGCCGGCCAGCUGAACCUGCUCCAGCGCUUCUCACUGCUUCGCCUCACGGCCAUCAUGGAGAAGCACUCCAUGUCCAACAGACACGGCUGGACGUGGGCAGUUCCAAAGUUCAUGAAGAGGAUGAAAGUUCCUGAUUACAGAGACAAGACAGUCUUUGGCAUUCCUCUCAUCGUUCACGUCCAGAGAACGGGGCAGCCCCUGCCACAGAGUAUCCAGCAAGCCCUGAGGUAUCUACGCAGCAACUGCCUCGAUCAGGUGGGUCUUUUUCGAAAAUCAGGCGUGAAGUCUCGAAUCCAUGCUUUACGUCAAAUGAACGAGAGCUUUCCUGAGAACGUCAGCUACGAGGACCAAUCCGCUUACGACGUGGCGGAUAUGGUGAAGCAGUUCUUCCGGGACCUUCCUGAGCCUCUUUUCACCAACAAGCUCAGCGAGACCUUCCUCCACAUCUAUCAGUACGUCCCCAAAGAGCAGCAGCUGCAGGCAGUGCAGGCGGCCGUCCUGCUGCUGGCCGAUGAGAGCAGGGAGGUGUUGCAGACGCUGCUGUGCUUCCUCAACGACGUGGUCCACGCGGUGGAGGAGAAUCAGAUGACGCCCAUGAACCUGGCUGUGUGUCUGGCCCCCUCCCUCUUCCAUCUGAAUUUACUGAAGAAGGAAAGCUCCCCCAGAGUCAUCCAGAAGAAAUAUGCCUCCGGGAAGCCAGAUCAAAAGGACCUCAGUGAGAAUCUGGCCGCAGCUCAGGGGCUGGCCCACAUGAUCAUGGAAUGUGACAGACUUUUUGAGGUCCCGCUUGAGAUGGUGGCCCAGUCUCAUAACUCAUAUAUGGAGGCUGAGAUCCAUCCCCCAACUCUGGAAGACCUGGGGGCCCAGCUGGAGGAGAGCGGGGCCACUUUCCACACAUACCUGGAGCAUCUCAUCCAGGGCCUCCAGAAGGAAGCCAAGGAAAAGUUCAAAGGAUGGGUCACGUGUUCCAACACAGACAACACAGAUCUUGCUUUCAAAAAGGUGGGAGACGGGCAUCCGCUGAGGCUGUGGAAGGCUUCUGUGGAGGUGGAAGCGCCCCCCUCGGUGGUUUUGAAUCGCGUGCUGAGGGAGCGCCACCUGUGGGAUGAGGAUUUCGUGCAGUGGAAGGUGGUGGAAACCCUGGACAAGCAAACAGAAAUCUACCAGUACGUGCAGAACAGCAUGGCGCCUCACCCUUCCAGAGACUUCCUGGUUCUCAGGACCUGGAAGACUGAUUUGCCCAGAGGAAUGUGCACCCUGGUGGCCCUCUCCGUGGAGCACGAGGAAGCCCAGCUCAUGGGUGGUGUGCGGGCUGUGGUGAUGGACUCUCAGUACUUAAUGGAGCCGUGCGGGUCAGGCAAGUCGAGGCUGACCCACAUCUGCAGGGUGGACCUGAGAGGUCACUCCCCAGAAUGGUACAAUAAAGGUUUUGGACAUCUGUGUGCGGCGGAAGUUGCCAGGAUUAGACACUCUUUUCAGCCCCUCAUUGCCGAGGGUCCAGAAACUAAAAUCUGAGUUUUCCCCAGUGUGACAUCAAACUCAGGGAAGAGGAAGUGAAAGCAAACACUUGUGGGAGAGAGUUGUGCGCGUGAGAAAGCAAGGGAGAGAGAGAAACCGAUUGCCGAUGCUUAAAAAUGGAAGCACUGAGAAGUCGUAAUGUUGAAGAUGCAAGAAUUUCUGAGAACUUUCCUAGCCUUCCUGGAGACGGCUACAUCCCUACUAAUAUAAUAUUUUAAAAAAUCAGAACAUUUAUCUAUGUUACUUAAAAUUAAAUGGAUUAUUCCUUGUGCAUUGCCUAAUUUGCUAUUUAAAGGCUUCUAAGAAGCGUAUUCUUAACUGUAAAUAAAUGUAUGUAUAGCAUAUGUACAUAUGUGUGUAUAUCUCUAUCUUUACUGUAUAUAUGUAAAAUAUCAAUUUUAUAUAUAAUUGCAUAUUUUGAAAAGGAACGAGUCUGAUUCGGUAAGUCCCUUCCUCACCUGGUUCUUUCCAAGUUGUUCUGGGCGCUGUCUCCCCACCGUCCUGUAAGCUGAGCAGAAUCUGCUGCUGACACCAAAGUGUGAAAAUAUGUAGUCUGCCCUGAUGUCUUACCAAAGAUUAGCCAACCAAAGGAAAACACAUUAAAUGGUUCUUACAUGUUGUCAGCUUGUUUGUUUGUGUUAUUCAAAAACUGAGAGUGGGGUGUUGGAUAAAGCAAGGAAAAUAAUAUUUAGUCCUCUUUAAAGCAAAGAAGUGGGUGAGGAGUCAUUCCCGAAUUUAAGGCUAGAUUACCGCUUGCCAUGGGGCCAGCAGAUACAGCUUUCAGUGACAUGUUAGACGCCUGUGGACCACUGGAGUCAGCCCAGUGACUCAAAGAGAGCCUGUAUUUCUCUGCUGAUUAGAGCUGAAUAUAAUAGCUUUUGCAGAGUCACAGCCAAAGGGAGCCUCUGUGUUUUGUUGAGUUUUCAUACUUACAUUUCAUAAUGUUCUUAAAUGUCAUUCUAGUUGACCAGUGGCCUAUUUGGUCACAGUUAAUUGGCAUUUUCUUACCAAUGUAUUGCACUGAAUUUAACUCUGGACACCAGAUUAAGGGAGAUGAUGGUCAUUCAAGAGUCCUGGACCAUUUCAGCUUCAGGGAAUUCUACUGUUGCUACAUAUGAUGCUCUUAAGAUAGAAUUCAUUAAAGUUUUGCAAUCUGAAAGACAGGGUUUUUAAACUAAUGUUAAGACCAAAACUGUGUUCUUCAAUUAGUUUUAGAAAAUAUAAACAGGUCUGUUAAAUUCCACAUUUCUUCAUUAGUCAGUCAAGCUACCUAUGCAUUUGACCCAACCUUAUUUAUUACUGUAUAGACUAAGCAAAGUGACUAUCCUUAACCAAUUGCUAAUGGAUUUAAGUUGUUUUUUUAUUGUAAUUCAACAAUGCUAGAGAGGAAGAUAAUUUAUUGUGUUUGGUUUCAGGGAGAGAUUGGUAUCAUAACUUAGCAAUUCAUGCUGGAGAAAAAAAAACAAGAGUGUUUUCCUUUCUUUUCUUUUUAUAUUGUAUGCGUUUAUAUAAUGUUUUCUUUUAUCAGCAAUGUGCAAUUCUUUUAUUGAGAGAAAUAAAAAUGCUAUAUAUGAGUUUUGUAUGGUACCAGUAAAAUCAUACUGUUUGAAUUGUGAUCUAGGAAUUUUUUGUUUCCUUGCCUACCGAAGAAGGUGGCAGCCAUCCCAUAAUUUUCCAUUUGGGCAAUGCUCUGUGAGCAAAACAAAUUCACUUCUUCCAUACAUCUUAAAUUUAACCACAUAUGCCAGAUUACUUUAAUAUGCAUAGACAAGAUCAUUAGUGAAUUUUAAUUUAGCUUAAUGCUGAUCCUACUCCAGAGAUGGGAUCAUAUGUUUUCAGGAAAUAUGAUAGGCACACAAGGAUGAAUGGUGUCGUGUCACCUAGAGCAGGCCUUUUCCAGCCUUAGCAGCACACGGAUCACCCGCAGAUAUUGUUACAAUAAGCCUCUGAUUCAGGAAGUCUGAGGUGGACCUGAGAUUCUGCAUUUUGAACCAGCUUUGGGGAUGCCCAGCCUGUCAGCCCGAAGACCACACCUUGAGAAGCUGGGACCUAGAGGAUACUUAGAAUAAAAGCAAACAUGGCUUUAUUUCUGACUCCCCUUCUCUUCAAAUAACCUGACUUUUUAAUUUUUAUGCACAUACUAAUCACAUUACUGCUGCCUAACAACACAGUGCAUCUUAAAAAAAAGAAAAGGAGAAAGAUGCAGCAAGCUUGUUUGUCAAA